AUGUCCUUCUUUGGCGGUGCUGACUGUUCCGUGAACGGCAACGCCGUGGCACAACUCAACAAACACACUCAGCAAGACCGCUCCCUUCAGCGGCAGACAAACCAGCCCGGACAGGUGGUAAACCAGGGCUUCAAGAACGACAAGAUGAUGAACCAGCGUGACAUGGAGCAGUUCAUGGGUGGAGGCUCACCUUCGCCUUCCCCGUUCCAGUUUCAACCCAUGCGUCACGAGCUUAACAGAAUCCAGCAAACUCAGCUGCCUGUGGCUGGUAACCAACAGCAAUGGCUCAACGAGUUCAAUGCUCAGACCUCUCAGCCUGUGCACAGCCAUUCAAAAUCCCAGGGGGCUGUCCCACGGACAUUGGCCAACACCCAGUGGGCUCUGGAAUUUUCUCAGGCUGGCCCUCAGCACCAACACCAACAGUCACACAUGCUGCAGCAGAGCAGAGUGCCCAUGAUGGGCUACAGGCCUAUGAUGGGCAUGGGGAUGGGCUCGACCAUGGCAGCAAAUGCCCCACAGCAGCAGCAGCAGGGGAACCAGACAGAGCAGGCGGAGCCAGCUGUGGAUUGGGAUAACCAGUUCAAGGAGAUCGAAGAACUCAGUGCUGACGCUCUGGCUGCAGAAGAAACUGCCACAGCAGACAAACAGGAGGUGGAAGACGACAUUGCCAUUGACGACAAGUAUCAGGCCACAUUUCAAGAAGUAUGGGACUCGUUGAACUCUGAUGCCAUUGAAAACGACUUCAUUUCUCAGCAAUACGAAGAGUUCAAGAACUCUCAGGGAGAAACGUAUCCUGCUAGUAUGCUGCAGUGGGAAAGAGACUUUGCGAAGUAUGCCUCCACCAGAGCACAUUUCGGUGACUACAAGUUCGAGUCCAAAGAAAGCAACCAGUUCAUGGACUUGCCAAGCACAGAGGACCCUUACCAGAUAGGUCUUCAGUUGAUGGAGAACGGCGCCAAAUUGUCGGAAGCCGCCUUGGCUUUCGAGGCUGCCAUUGCUCGUGACGAAAACCACGUCCAAGCAUGGCUCAAGCUUGGUGAGGUGCAAACGCAGAAUGAAAAGGAAGUGGCUGGUAUCACCGCCCUCGAAAAGUGUCUCGAGUUGAACCCUGAGAAUUCUGAGGCCUUGAUGACCUUGGCUAUCUCUUACAUCAACGAAGGGUACGACAAUGCGGCAUUUGCCACUUUGGAGCGCUGGAUAGCUACCAUGUACCCUGAUAUCGCCGAGAAAGCUCGUCAGGAAAACCCUACCAUCUCAGACGAAGACAGAUUCUCCUUGCACAAGAGAGUCACCGAGUUGUUCAUCAAGGCAGCCCAAUUAUCUCCCGAUCAGGCCAACAUGAACCCAGAUGUGCAGAUGGGACUUGGUGUGCUCUUUUACGCCAAUGAAGAUUUCGAUAAGACCAUUGACUGCUUCAAGGCGGCUCUUUCGAUCAGGCCAGAUGACCCAGUGUUGUGGAACAGACUUGGUGCCUCUUUGGCUAACUCUAACCGCUCCGAGGAAGCUGUCAACGCAUACUUCAAGGCAUUGGAACUCAGGCCAACGUUUGUGCGUGCCAGGUACAACUUGGGUGUUUCUUGCAUCAACAUCAGCUGUUAUAAGGAAGCUGCCGAGCACUUGCUCAGUGGAUUGGCCAUGCAUCAAGUUGAGGGCCAGGAAUCUACUCUCAGCCACAACCAGUCGUCAUCGUUGAUGGAGACUUUGAAGAGAGCGUUCAUCGCGAUGGACAGAAGGGAUUUGGUUGAGCUUGUGAAGCCAGGCAUGAACUUGGAUCAGUUCAGAGGAGAGUUUAAUUUCUAG